GCUUUCACGUUGAGCGGAAAGAACACACCACAAACCCAUCACGCCUCUCUCCCUCCCUCCUCGAGCAACGGCGUCGCUAUAAGUAGCCCUGUUGCGAUUGCGAAUGGUGAACCACACGGCUCAGUCUCAGACCGAUCGAUCUCACGGGUCGUGACAUCGGGAAAGCGAACCAAAUGGCGCCACUUCCACGCCUCCUCCUGGCCGUGGCGCUUCUCCACGCCGCCGCCGCGUCAGCAGCCACGGACGAUGGCGAGGGCGGCCGCCGCCGGGCGCGGUACGAUCGCGUCUUCAGCUUCGGCGACUCCCUCACCGACACGGGGAACGCUCUCCACCUCUCGCCCACGGGCGCGGGGCCCGCGAGCCGGCCGCCGUACGGCGAGACCUUCUUCCGCCGUCCCACCGGCCGCGCGUCCGACGGCCGGCUCGUCGUCGACUUCAUCGUUGAGGCGCUGGGCGUGCCGCACCCGACGCCGUACCUCGCCGGGAAGGCGGCGGCGGAUUUCCGCCGCGGCGCGAACUUCGCGGUGGGCGGGGCGACCGCGCUCGACCUGAACUUCUUCGAGAGCAGAGGGCUGACGCCGUUCGUGCCCGUCUCUCUUGACAACCAGACAAGCUGGUUCAAGAAUGUCUUACAUCUUCUUGGCUCAGUUGAAGAGCAGAGGAAGAUCACGUCGACGUCCCUCUUCCUCGUCGGAGAGAUCGGGGUCAACGACUACUUCGUCUCCGCCCUCGGCAGGAACCGCACCGUCGGCGAGGUCAAGACCUUCGUGCCGCGCGUCGUGGCCGCCGUCGGUUCGGUCAUCACCGACGUGAUCGCCGCCGGAGCACGCACGGUGGUGGUCCCGGGGAUGAUCCCGCUGGGCUGCGAGCCGCAGCUGCUCGCGCACUACAAGGGCGGCGCCGGCGCCGGCGAGUACGACCCGGAGUCCGGCUGCCUCACGCGCCUCAACGACCUCGCCGAGCUGCACAACCGCGAGCUGCGCCGGAUGCUCAGCGGCCUCCGCCGGGCGCACCCCGGCACGGCCGUCGUCUACGCGGACCUCUACCGCGCCGUCACCGACCUCGUCGUGUCGCCGGCUAAGUACGGCUUCAGGAGCAGGCCGCUGGCCGCGUGCUGCGGCGGCGGCGGCGGCGCGUACAACUUCGACGACGCCGCGUUCUGCGGCGCGGCGGGCACUGCUGCGUGCGCCGACCCGUCGGAGUACGUCUCCUGGGACGGGGUGCAUUUCACGGAGGCCGCCAACAGGCGCAUCGCCUGCGCCGUGCUCGAGGGCUCCCACUCGCACGGCGCCGCCGACGAGCCGGCGCUGUCCAACUCAUGGGCCACGACGGAGGCUUGGCGUCGCAGGAUCGGCUGCGUCUAGUCUCCUCCUCUCUCGUGCCCAGUUGCGAGUUGCAAGUUUGAUGAUCAGUACACAAGUUAAGGUCAUACCAUUUUUUAUCUUCCAAAUUCCAACCAUGAAUUCUACUACCAAAAACCGGAGCUGAAACAAACAGUUCGGUUGUGAAAAUUUUUAGCGAAUAUAUUGUUUAUAUGUGUGAAAUAGGUCAAGAUCAAUACCUUUAUCAUUUCUUUCGGCAGCCUAAAGAUAUAUGUGGGUAUGUAGCUUCUUUGUAGCAGAACAUGUCCAUUUAGGUUCAAAUCUCUGACUAAUCAA